UCCGAAAGCAGAUCUCCCCCCUCCAGCACCGCAGCACGGACUCAUUUCUCCACGCACCAGCUCUGAGUGGAUGCUCAGCAGGGGUGUUUUGAGAUAUUAGCGCGCUGUGUUUUGGGGGGGAGCGGGGUUCUUGUUGCCCACCUCCACCAUCUCCCCCCACCACCACCACCACCACCAUUCAAAAGAGCGUGCGGUCAGGAGAAUGGGCAAAUCGGAAAGUCAAAUGGACAUCAUGGAGAAAUCGAGCAAACCUGGCAAACAUCGUUGGACUGCGGCAGAGAUCGGUCUGUCUGUACUCCUGCUGCUGCUUAGCUGUGCCUUGGCGGGCCUGGUGGUCCUCUAUACGUCAGUACUUAAAGAACAAUCUCACAGGUCGGGCCUGUCGCGGAGCUCGGCGGGGGCCGGAGGUCAGCUGUUUCGUUCCAACCUGGACCAUCAUGUGUGCACAAGUGCAGACUGUGUUACAGCAGCAUCCCGGCUCCUGCAGAACAUGGAUCCAUCUGUGAAGCCUUGUGAUAACUUCUACCAGUAUGCCUGCGGGGGCUGGCUGGAGCGCCACGUCAUCCCAGAGACCAGCUCACGCCAUAGCGUCUUUGACAUUCUAAGGGACAAGCUGGAGAUUGUGCUCAAAGGCGUUCUUGAAACAGAGUGUGAGGAAGACAGAGAUGCCAUCAAGAAGGCCAAAAUCCUUUACAGCUCCUGCAUGAAUGAGAGCCUCAUAGAGCAGCGGGACUCUCAGCCUCUCCUGAAGCUCAUAGACAGUAUUGGAGACUGGCCUGUGGCAUCUGAUGACUGGAACGCCACCACUGAAGAAGAAUGGAGCCUUGAAGACACUCUGGCUACAUUGACAGCUCAUUAUCACAAGAAAGUCCUGCUGGACAUGUAUGUGUGGACCGAUGACCGGGACUCUAGGCGCCAUAUUGUUUAUAUUGACCAGCCAGGACUUGGGAUGCCAUCGAGAGAUUACUAUUUUAAUGAUGGAAACUACAAAAAGGUUCGAGAGGCCUACCUCCAUUUUAUGGUCUCUAUUGCCAAAAUAACCCGGGAGGACAGGAACCUGACACAGGAUGAUGACCGUGUGUGGGAGGAAAUGAUGCAAGUGCUGGACCUGGAGACAGACAUUGCUAACGCCACAUCGCCGGCUGAGGAGCGACAAGACGUCACAGUUCUUUACAACAAAAUGACACUGAAUGAGCUGCACACCACAUUCAGCUUUAACGGUUUUAAUUGGACACGGUUUAUUCAAGGAGUGCUAUCUAGCGUUUCCCUCAAUGUGGAGCGGAAAGAGGAAGUGGUGGUGUACGGUUCGUCCUACCUUGACAAGAUGAACGAAAUCCUCUCCAGACAUAGCGUCAGAACUAUGCAGAACUACCUCACCUGGCAACUGGUGAUCGACAGAGUGAACAGCUUGAGUCGCCGCUUCAAAGAUGCCAGGGCUCGUUACAGAAAGACUUUGUAUGGGACCACAGUGGAGGACGCUUGGUGGAGGGAGUGUGUCCGUUACGUCCAAAGCAGCAUGGAGAAUGCGGUUGGAGCGCUCUAUGUGCGGGAGACCUUUGCCGGGGAAAGCAAACGGAUGGUUAGCGACCUCAUUGGGAAGAUCCAGACUGCAUAUGUAGAAACGCUGGAUGAGCUAGGCUGGAUGGAUGCCCCCUCCAAGGAGAAAGCAAGAGAGAAGGCCAUGUCAAUCAAGGAGCAUAUCGGCUAUCCAGAUCAUGUUCUACAGAAAAGUAACUUCAAGCUGGACCAAGAGUAUGCUCAUUUGAAUUUCAGCGAGGAACACUACUUUGAGAAUGUCCUGGAGAAUCUAAAGUCUGAGGCCCACAAGAGUCUAAAGAAGCUCAGGGAGCCAGUGGAUCCCAACUUGUGGAUCAUCGGUGCUGCUGUGGUGAAUGCGUUUUACUCUCCCAACAGAAACCAGAUCGUGUUUCCUGCAGGCAUUCUGCAGCCACCUUUCUUUAGUAAACAUCAGCAGCAGGCUCUGAACUUUGGUGGAAUCGGAAUGGUCAUCGGACAUGAGAUCACACAUGGAUUUGAUGACAAUGGUCGCAAUUUUGACAAGGAUGGCAACAUGCUGAACUGGUGGAGCAAUUACUCUGCGGAGCACUUUAAGGAGCAGUCACAGUGCAUGGUGCAACAGUAUGGCAAGUUCAACUGGAAGUUAGCGGGUGGGCAAAAUGUAAGUGGGAUUAGCACUUUAGGUGAGAACAUCGCAGACAACGGAGGGGUUCGCCAAGCCUAUAAGGCUUAUCUGAAGUGGGUGGAGACAGAGGGGGAGGAGCCUCGUCUUCCCGGUCUGAACAUGGACCACAAGCAGCUUUUCUUUCUUAACUUUGCCCAAGUUUGGUGCGGUGCUUAUCGGCCCGAAUACGCCAGCCAAUCCAUCAAGACUGACUCCCACAGCCCCUUAGAAUACAGGGUUCUCGGUUCGCUCCAGAAUUUCGAAGCUUUCUCAGAAGCCUUCCAGUGCAAAAAAGGCAGUCCCAUGAACCCUGAGCAGAAGUGCCGUGUCUGGUAGAACAUUUUAACGCUGAAAGGAGACUCUUUAAGCUUGGGAGUCAUUUAUUUGGCGUGACCGCGAUUAUUAUUAUUGCACUGGCUGUUGUUGUACUUGGCAACGGGUGAUAUCCUGGAUUCCUGUCGAGUCUUGGAAACAAACUCUGGCAUAUAAUACGAGCUGAGAAUGUUCUUUACAAAAAUCUAGUGCAGCUCUUUGUGAUUUACUUGUGAAUGUUUUCAUUCGGCCCCACGCAGAAUGAACUAGGGUGAGUGCUUGCAGGAUUAAUGAAAACGUAGGUGGCAACCAGAGAAUUAGUUCCAUUUAGUGACUUUGUCCAGUGACUGUUAUGUGCAGCAAAUUACCUGAGAGAUUUAAGACUGUUCAUUCUUAAAUUAACAUUUAGACUGAGCUGCAGCUUUUAACAGACUCGGAAAAUAUGUCAACUUUGGCUUUUGCAAGGACGAUUUCUUAGUAUAGUAAUCCCUCGCCACAUUGCGGUUUCAAUUUUGCAGCAAAAAUAUGCAUAUACAGUAGAAGCAAAUGUUAUGUAGUUUCUGCCGAAAUGGCUAAAUUAGCUGAAACACAAAUACUACAAAUUAAGAAUUUUGUGAACUUGUGAAUGUAGUAUUCCACAUUGGUCACUCUGUGUCUUUAGGCUUUUUUGUGGAUUUAAAUUAUCUCACAACAGGCACAAUAAUAGUAACAUAAUCAUCAUCAUCAUAUCAACAAGGGCUACUGUUGUGGCCGUGAUCCCGAAGCUGUCUGACUUACAAAUUGUUCAGGUUUUGAGAUUAUGGAACUAGAAGUAAAAUUUGAAUGAACUGUUAAUUGUCAUGAAAACAAAAUGAAUGAACCAUCGCCACAAUUCACCAUCAUUAAAAAAAUGCACAUGAUAACUUCACCGUCAUACAGGUAUAAUGGCAAAUUAAGCACUGUACAAUAAAACUAAAAAAGUAAAACUACUCACCCUUUGAAGACGCCGGCCAGGCAAGAGAGGGAACAGGAGGAAUAUUGAUCAUGGGAAAUCAAUAAAACUAAAAUUAAGCAAAACUACUCACCCUUUGAAGACACCGUACAGGCAAGAGAGGGAACAGGAGGAAUAUUGAUCAUGGGAAAUCAAUAAAACUAAAAAUGAGUAAAACUGCUCACCCCUUGAAGACACCGUACAGACAAGAGAGGGAACAGGAGGAAUAUUGAUCAUGGGAAAUCAAUAAAACUAAAAUUAAGCAAAACUACUCACCCUUUGAAGACACUGGCAACUUUAACGUUGGAGAUGCUACUGUGUCAAUCUUUCUCUUUGGCUGAUUUUCACAAAUUCCCCAAAACAAAGUAAAAUACAACGUAAAAAGAGAUGUAAGAGAUGAAAAUGUAUGACUCAAGCCGCGUUGUUUUGUUUUUGUCAAGAUUAGGCAAAGUGUGUAUUUUCUUCAUUUUGGGCUGAAGUAUAUCAGAUUGUUUGGGUAGACUCAACGUAAAAUCUGACCAAAACACAACACAGUUAACACUCAACCUGUUGCCUUUAUGGCACAAUCAAAUGACACGUGAAGGUUAGACUGAUCAGACAGCGAAGGCAGAUGAAGCUCACACUGGUGAUCACUAAUGGACAUGAAAGGACGCUGAGGCCUCGUGACCAUCAAGUACAAGACGGCCAGCGAGCAAGCGAGAAUGGGGCUCAGACUGUUAUUUUCUACCUUUAUUACCACGUAAUGGCAGUGGAGAAUCAAAGCAGAGGGGGGGAUGGUGGGUAGGGUGGGGGAUUAGUGCUGCAGAGAGCUUUUAAAAUAAAAUGAACAUAUUCAGGAUGUCUUGCAAGCAGAACUGAAUGUGUUACACUAUAGAGUACUAUGUGUUAUAUAUGCUUGAUGUUCUAUAUAGCAGUAUUUACAUAUAGAUACAUCAUGUCACAUCCACAUGGUCAAACUGUAUUGUUAUUCUUUCUCUAUUCCAAUUUAUCUUUUGCUAUAAAUAUAUAUAUACAAAAAAUAUGUGAAAUGUAUUUAUUUAUCUAUUUAUGACAUUGCAUUGUUGCUUUGCAAGAUUUAAAGAUGUAUAAUAAUAAAAAGUAUUUACAGUAUACAGUAUGUUUUAUGGAAUGUUCCUGCAGGAAUAUUACUUUCUAUAACUAUUUUUGUGAUGCUAACCUGCAAUUAUUGCCAUUAAAGUGAAUGUG